AUGAUCUCUGCCCUUGCCUGGGUCCCAAAAGGUGCAUCACGUCGUAUUCCAGAAAAAUUAAAGCUUACAGAUGAAGAAAUAAAGAUGCUUCAUGAGGUUGCAAUGGAAGAGGAAGGGGAGGAGGAGGAAGCAGAGGAAGAUAAGAGUGCAAUGGAAGCAGCAAUGACAGUGGAAAAUGAUGUUGCUGGACAGCAGCAGAAUCAGGACGAAAUGGACAGUACUGGACUACCGUCAUCAUUCAAGAUGGAUGAAUAUGAUGAAGAGGACGAUGAUGCAGCGAUUCGAAAUUAUAUUGGUGGUGCUAGUGCUGGUGCGAUUGAAGAUGAGGAAAACGAGGGCGAUGAGGACGAUGGCAUGACGAGUGACGAUGAUGGUAACGUGGCAAUGCAAGACGAGGAAGACGAGGACUUGGAAAUGGAUAAGGAAGACGUUGAGAUUCGACCGACAGAUAGCGUGAUCCUUGUUGCGAACACAGAGGAGGACUUUAGCAACCUUGAGGUACAGAUUUAUGACGAUGAAAACGGUUCGCUCUACGUGCACCAUGAGAUCAAUUUGCCAGCUUUUCCUCUGUGCAUGGCGUGGAUGGACUGCGCUCCGGUGCCACUGGAUCCAAGUACAGGACCGUUGGAUGGCAGUUUUGUCGCUGUGGGUACUUUCAAACCUGGAAUUGAGAUCUGGGAUCUCAAUGUGAUAGACGUGCUGGAGCCCUCGGCUACGCUAGGCGGUGAACAGGAUGAGGAUCUUCGUGAUGUUGCCAUGCCUAAGAUUUCAAAGCGGCGGAAGAACCAUAAGACAGUUCUUAAACCUGGCAGUCAUCAAGAUGCUGUCAUGGCGCUGGAUUGGAACAGUAGCCACCGAAACAUGCUGGCUAGUGGCUCUGCUGACUCGACGGUUAAGGUGUGGGAUAUCACGACACAAAAAUGUUUAUAUACGAUGGCGCACCACAGUAACAAGGUGCAGAGUGUGCGUUGGAACCCAGCGGAGACGACGGUACUCGCUAGUGCAUCGUUUGACCGAAAAAUUGUGGUGCUGGAUGGCCGUCAGCCUGACGCCUUCUCAAAGUUUGAAUUAAGUGCUGAAGUGGAGAGUAUUGCAUGGGUGCCGCACAACCCGAGUACCAUCGUGGCUUCUACAGAAGAUGGCGUCGUUGUGGGCUUUGACGUGCGAAUUAAUGGCUCGACUCCGCUGUUCCGUUUUGAUGCCCACGCUGGCGCCGUGUCGGCGAUUUCUUUCUCUGCUCAAGUGCCUGGUUUGAUGGCAACGGCAGGUGUUGACAAGACAGUUAAGAUUUGGGAUCUCAAGGACAACGCGCCUGUAUGUGUUACGUCGAAGGAGAUGAAUGUGGGUGAGCUAUUUACGCUGUCGUUCUACCAGGACUCGCCGUUCAUGCUUGGUGUUGGAGGCUCAAAGGGUGUGCUUGCUCUAUGGGACACAUCGGAGAACGAAGGUGUUGCGCGUAGAUUUGGUUCUUGCGUACAAGUCGUGGCCACAGUUGCAUCCAGCGAUAUUUCAGCAUCAUUUCGGUCACCAUACCAGCUCGGCGAAGAGCUUGCGCUUGAAGAAGAGCGUGAGAAGCAGAAGCAGAGUGACAAAAAGGCAGGCAAGGGCAAAAAAAGUAAGAAACGCUAG